UCUUUCUUUUUGUUCUUCUUCUCCUCUUCUCCUCACCCAAGUCACUCAUUCUUCUUCCUAAUAAGACUAAAAAGACCAUGAAUACUCACAAGUGAACCAUUCUUCUUCUUCUUCUUCUCUUCCUCUUCUCAUCCUUUUUCUUCUUCUUGUGGCAAGUGGUGGCAGCCAUAGACAAAAGAAUUUAAAAUUCAUUCUAACAAAGAAUUAUAAUGGAAUCAACAAGUGAUGCAUCAACCACAAUACCCACACCACCCAAUGAACAUGAACAGAUGCCCAAAACUAUAUUAACAACAGAGCUUCCAUGUAUACCUCGUGCCAUUACUACUAAUACAGCUGCAAAAUCUAAAGUUACCAUCAAAUCCCCGCUAAGUGUAAUAGGCCAAAUAAAGAAUUGGCUCACAAAGUCUGACCAGGAUGUUUUUAAACAUUACUCCCAAUUGGGUCGUCUCUUGGACCUCGAUACUAAAGGGCUUUUUCCUGGCACCUUAGUAAACCAGAUAGUUUUGAGGAGGGUAGAUUGCCAAAAGAGGCAUGAGUUAUGGUUUUUGAUAAAUGGAAAACCUGUGAGAUUUUCUCUCCAAGAGUUUGCAAUUGUAUCUGGAUUGUACACUGAUGGUGGCCCGACACCUGAAGAAAUGGAGCUUGUUUCUUCUAAGAACAAGUUAAAAGAAAAGUACUUCAAGAACAUUAUGUCUAUUAAAGUAACAGAUGUUGCCAAUGCUCUAGAUAGCAUAUCUAGAGAAUCAAAGACUAGAGAAAGAGUGAAGUUAUGCUUUAUCUAUUUGCUCAGUGCAUUUCUAAUAAUGCCAAGUCCUUCUUCGGCUAUAGAUCUUGAAUGGCUACAACUAGUGGAUAAUCUACCAAUAUUUGACAAUUAUUGUUGGGGAAAGCUGGCAUAUGAAAAAAUAAUUGAGCAAAUUACAAAAAAAGAUAUGAAGAAUAAUCCAAGUGAGAAGGAUAUUAAGUGGAACCUCUUUAGUUGUCCUUGGAUAUUUCUGAUAUGGAUUUGCGAAGCAAUGCCAAAGUUGGGUGAAAUGGUAGGACAAAGAGUCCCGGGAAAUCAUAUUCCCCGAUGGCUUGGUUGGAAAAUCAAUGAUAAACAUAAAAAUGUCACAGUUACAAGAUUAUCAGAAGUAAUAGAAAAUAAUACUGAGUUUUUUGUACGACCUACAUUAGCUCCAACCUCAAAGGAGAAGGCAGAAUUGUUUUAUGAAAGACUUGGUAGCUAUGAGGAUAAUGAAGAUGACGUAAUUGAUCAGAUUUCUUCAUUUUUAGUGGGUGAUGUCAUUUUACGUAAUCAACAGUGUGUUGCACCACAUGUGGAGCCUCCAUCUUCGAAUGUAGGGCAAUCGAAUAUGGAGCCUCCAUCUUCAGAUUUUGAACAUCCAACUAAUGAUGUGGAGCCUCCCCAAUUCACUCAAAUUCCUCAACAAUCACACUUGCAUCCCUCCUCACAACCUCCCUCUUCUUAUGAUGCUCGAAAUGACUUGUUAGAGUCAGUGAAGUGUUUGAUAGCUGAGCAAGAAAAGUUGCACAAGUCAAGAUAUGAGGAGAUUGAACGUGUAAAUAGAGAAAGAUACGAGACAAUAAUGACAACUAUCUCUGACCAUGCUUACUUGAAUACAGUGAGGCAUGAGACAAUAUUAACAAAAUUGGAUGAUUUGACUCGCAUUUUUCGACCUAUAGCUGCACAAUUUUCUGGAGCUGGAGGAGAAAAGACUACAGAAAACAACCAACAAGAUUCACCAUCUCAUGCACACUUUUUUGGAGAUGGAUUUGUAACACCUGCAAGAGAGAGGAACAUGGAGGGUGAUCAAGUCUCCACACUUGUAGGAGAGAAGACGGUUGAGAAUACAACAUCUAACUUUCCUACACAACUUACAGAAAAUGAAGUCACCACACAAUCUCAUGUGUCUGCAAACUCCUAUGAGACACCGCCAUCAAUUAUUUAUGAAGGGGUUAACUAUGAAGAGCCUGGUGAUGAGGUAGAACAAAUUGUUCGAGAUGGUCGACCAUUGAGGUUAAGAAAACGUGCUGCAAGCUUGAAAUCACCUUUCACACCAUGGCCGAGGAAACGUCGAUACUCUAAGUUAGAACCACCAACUUUUGAUCCUUUCAGGCAGCCUAUUGAAGAGGAUGUGCAAGCAUUCUUCAGGUGGUACAAUGGCGAUACAAACGGUAGAAGAACCAUUCGUUGUGGCCAGACAUCACAUGAUAGAAGUUUUUUUGAGAUAUUGUUGGCAAAGCAACGGUAUAUUGAUAGUGAGCAUGUAGAUGAAAUUACCUAUUUAUUUAGGAAAAGAAUGGAUAAGUUUCAUAAUAUCUUUCCAAAAGAUAUAUGCAUAUUGACAGAUGAGUUUGGACAGCGUGUGCGUGCUCUGUACAAAGAAUCUCGAGAGGAGAACAAUAAUGUAUGUAAGACCAAUGAAGAGCUAAUGAUGUUUGUCGAAGGUACCAGGCCAAUUAGAGGAAGAAUUUGGUCAGAUGUCAAUUACUUCUAUGUGCCUUGGCAUGAUGGUAAACACUGGAUGUUAGUGGUAGUUGACAGACAUAGUUGGACAAUAUUGAUUUAUGACUCGAUUCCAGAUCACUGGAACUCCAUAGAGGCAAUGAAAAAAUCUGUGGAGCCACUUGCAGCAUAUUUUCCUUUUUUACUUAAAAACAGUUGCCAUAUUGGGAGCCUCCAUCAUCAGUGUAGUGAUCUCAUGAGUAUAAAAGUAGCUCCUGCAAAUACUGUUCCUCUGAACAAGAGAACCGGAGAUUGUGGUGUAUUCAUGCUUAAGACAAUGGAAAUGCACAUUGCUGGUAAGUGCAACGAGUCAGCUACAAUGUUGCUCAACGACGACAACAUAGAUACAUACAGGAAGGCAUAUGCAGUUCAAUUAUAUGUGGGUAGUGCAGAUCCUUAAUUAACCAUGUCCUUGUUCGUAAUUCUGAAUUUUGUAAUUUUGUGGAUAAACUUGAAUUUACUCUGAACGACCGCAAACGACCUUGAAUUUAUACUAUGCGACCAUCAUGGUCUUUUAUGUUCUUCAACAAA